ACUGGUGUCCGAAAACCCUAACAAAAACCCGUAGGGGGGGAGAAGAAGCUUGGUAGUUGCAGUGCGUUGCAUCAAUGGGGAAGGCGAAGGGGAAGCACCGUUUGGACAAGUACUACCACCUAGCGAAAGAGCACGGUUACAGGUCUCGAGCCUCAUGGAAGCUGGUCCAGCUCAACAACAAGUUCCACUUCCUGGAAUCGGCGCGCGCCGUUCUCGACCUCUGCGCCGCCCCCGGAGGGUGGAUGCAGGUGGCGGUCAAGAGCAUGCCCGUGAACCACCUUGUGAUCGGCGUGGACCUCUCCCCCAUCGCCCCCGUCCGCGGCGCCAUCGCCAUCCAGGAAGACAUCACCAGGCCCGAGUGCAAGUCCCGCAUCAAGAAGCUCAUGAACGACCACGGCUGCCGCGCUUUCGACGUCAUCCUUCACGACGGUUCCCCCAACGUCGGCGGCGCCUGGGCCCAGGAAGCCACCAGCCAGAACGCUCUCGUUAUUGAUGCUGUCAAGUUGGCCACUCAGUUCUUAGCCCCCAAGGGCAUCUUUGUAACCAAAAUUUUCAGGUCGCAAGAUUACAGUUCUGUGGUGUAUUGCUUGAAGCAGUUGUUUGAGAAGGUUGAGGUGGAUAAGCCUGCGGCUAGUCGUUCUGAAUCAGCUGAGAUAUAUGUUUUGGGGCUUAAAUAUAAGGCCCCUGCCAAAAUUGAUCCGCGGCUUCUUGAUGUGAAGCAUCUCUUUCAGGGAUCUGUGGAACCGCAGCCUAAGGUGGUGGAUGUACUUAGAGAUAGUAAGCAAAAAAGGCACCGUGAUGGCUAUGAAGAUGGAGACACAACUUUGAGGAAGCUGUCUUCAGCUGCAAAUUUCAUUUGGUCAAAUUCUCCUCUGGAGAUCCUUGGUUCAGUCACUUCCAUAACCUUUACUGAUCCAGCUGAUUCACCAAUCAAGGAUCAUGACCUAACUACUGAAGAGGUAAAAUCUCUCUGCGAUGAUUUAAGGGUUCUGGGGAAGCAAGACUUCAAGCAUCUUCUAAAGUGGAGGAUUCAAAUUAGAAAAGCUCUUUCACCAACUCAAAAGCCUGAUUCUACCACCACAGAACAGAUGGGAAAUGAGCCUAAGGUGGAUGAAGAAGAUAGAAUACUCAAUGAAAUGGAGGAAUUGACUUAUGUAAUGGACCGCAAGAAGAAACGUGCAAAGAAGCUUCUUGCAAAAAGAAGAGCCAAGGACAAGGCACGAAAAGCAACAGGGAUGCAAAUGGAUGCAAUAGAUGAUGGUUAUGUAGAUCAGGAGUUGUUUGCUCUUUCCUCUAUCAAGGGUAAGAAGGAUCUGGUAGCUGUUGACAACACUGAGUAUGAAGGUGAUGAAGGAGAACUAGAAGACAGUGAGAAUGAAGAAACCCAUGAAAGCCCAGAGCAUUCAUCCGGUGACUUAGAAGAUUCUGAUGAGGAACGUAAAAGAUACAACGAACAAAUGGAAGAUUUAAUGGAUAAAGCUUAUGAGCGGUUUGUGAUCAGAAAGGAAGGAAGUGCAAAACAGAGGAAGCGAAUUAAAAAAUCUUAUGAUGCAAAGGACCAACUUUUGGAGGGUGGUGAGGAUGAUGAUAUUGUUCAAUCCAAGUAUGAUUCAGAUGAAGAUCAGGGUGAUCAAGAAGCAAAUCCAUUAAUGGUGCCACUUAAUGAUGGGGCAGAGCUCACCCAAGAGGAGGUCAUGAAUAAGUGGUUUAGUCAGGAUGUCUUUGCUGAAGCUGCAGAGGAAGGAGACUUUGAGAAGGAUGAGAGUAAAGAUGAAAUGGAUAUAGAUGAGCCUAAGGAGAAGAUAUCCAUUGCCAAAAAGGUCAAAGAAAAUAAAACAGCAGCUCCAGCAGUGGUAGCUCACCCUCAGCCUCAACCAUCCAAAGCAGCGGAUGACUUUGAAAUAGUUCCUGCACCUGAUACUGAUUCAAGUGAUGAUUCAUCCUCUGAUGAAUGGGAAGAAGAUACUGAAGCAAAAGCUGAGAUAUUGGCUUAUGCUAAGAAGAUGAUGAGGAAAAAGCAACGGGAGCAGAUGCUGGAUGAUGCAUACAACAAGUACAUGUUUGAUGAUGAAGGACUGCCCAAGUGGUUUCUAGAUGAGGAGAGGAGACAUCGCCAACCAAUAAAGCCUAUUACCAAAGAGGAAAUUGCUGCAAUGAAAGCACAGUUUAAAGAAAUUGAUGCUCGACCUGCGAAGAAGGUGGCAGAGGCCAAAGCACGGAAGAAGCGUGUUGCAAUGAGGAAGCUUGAGAAGGUACGGAAGAAGGCCAAUGCCAUAUCAGAUCAGACAGAGAUAUCUGAUAGUUCGAAGAGGAAGCAAAUUGAACAACUAUAUAAAAGGGCUGUUCCCAAGAGGCCUAAAAAGGAGUAUGUAGUUGCAAAGAAAGGUGUCCAGGUAAGGGCUGGCAAGGGAAAAGUCCUUGUUGAUCGCAGAAUGAAGAAGGAUGCUAGGAAACAUGGAAUGGGUAAGGCUGGAAAAGGAGGUUCUAAGACGAAGGGCAAGGCUCCAAAGGGCAAAGGAUCUUCAAAGGCCUCUGCUAAGAAAGGGAAACAGAGAACUAAAUGAAAAUAGGUUGAUACGUGAAGAUCGUCGAAGUUCAAAAUCAUGGGCUUUUUCUUAUUUUCUGUGCCCGAAUUUUGUUUGUUCAUUUUUUUUCCGGCUUUUUAUUGUGCAAUUGAUAUUAGAAAUUAUUGAAUUGAUCUGUUUUGUUCUUCAGAGGCAAAUCUUAGUUUAAAUGAAUUUUGUCUUAAUCAGCAGCUAAUAAAGUUAAUUUAGAAAUUGAUUA